AGAACUAUAAAAAAGUUAGUAUAAAGAAUUUUUUAUUUUCUUUUUUAUAAUAAGUUUUAGUUAAAUUUACUUAUAAUAAUAUUAUAUUACUAAUUUCGAAAUAUAUUAAUGUGUUAUUUAUAAAAAAAAUAUUUAAAUUUUAAACUAAGAUUUUGUUAGAUUCUUUCUCAACAGAUUUUAUUAUAAUUAAAAAAAUCAAAUUUAUAGUUAGUUUAUUGUUAAUAUAUUUAUAGUUGGUUUAUUGUUAAUACAAAUAAUCAAAUAUGUCAUAUUGACUAAUUCUUUAAAUGGUCCUACUAUGACUUGUUAAUAGUAGAUAAAAAUAGAACCCUAAAUUAAUAUAUUUAUAGUUGGUUCUUUAUUGAUUUGCUGGAAGCCAAGUACAUCUAUAAUAGAGUCGGUUUUAGACAUAGAUGGAUGACCCAAUCUAUUGUGCCAGAGGCUUACAUCAACAACAACACUAGAACAAGAGGCAUACUGCUGUUGAAUGAAUGUAGAACCAGCCAAGUCCAUUGCAUCCAAAACAUAAAGAUUGCUAAUCUGCUCACCCUUCCCAAUCAUCAAGCCCUUGAUAGGAUCCUUUAUAAAGCAAGCACCCAGAUCAAACAUUACUCUGUAUCCCAAAUCCUUUGUAAGCUGGCUUACACUCAGAAGAUUCAGCCUAAAGUCUGGUAGAUAUAAGACAUUUCGUAAUAUUAGAGAAUCAUGAAGUCUGAUAGUACCAAUGCCAACAAUCUUAAUACCAAGACCGGUUGGGAGAGUAACAGAAGUACUAACUGAAUCAGUGAGAUCCAGAAAAAGGUUUUUAUCAUGAGCCACAUGAUGUGUAGCUCCACUGUCUAUAAUCCACGUCUCUGAAGACAUGGCAUUCCUGGUUGCUUUCAACAUUCCAACAAAACAGAGUGUAGAGGAAGAGAAAGCCAUACCCGGGAGAGCUAUUAUUGUGCCUCCAGAAGUAUAAGCAACACAGUUCGCUUGCAUUUGUGGCUUGAGCUGAGUGUUGAAGUAAGCAAUCACACCCUCUAUUUGUUCUUUAGUAAGGCUGUUGACAACAUUAGAAACCGAGUCCACAAAUCCCGUCUGAGCAACAAUAGGUUUAGCAUUGUUGUAUUUCGGAGUUGAUGAACUUUUAUCGGCUUGUUGCUUUGGCUUGUGCUUAAACCCAACUGGAUAGCCAUGGAUCUUGUAGCAAGUAUCCACAGUGUGUCCGUUAUAACCACAAUGAGAACAAAUCGGUCUGUUCUGCUUAGGAGGAGCAGAAGAUUGAGCUGCAUUGACAAGAGGCAUAUCUGCAGUAGAUUGAUCAGGAGCAUUAACAUGAAAAGCAGUCGCAGUCAAUACUGGAGUGAGAUUUCUCUGAUUAAAAUCCUGAUCCAGUAAGUUAUAGAUCUCAGAGAGCUCAGGAACGUUCUUCUUCAUGAUGAUUUGGCUCCUGAUGACCGAGUAAGACUCAUUUAAGCCAGCAAGGAACUUAAUAACCUUCGCAUGAUCUGCUUUCUUCUCAGUUGUGUUGCAGCAGUCACAAUGAUGGCAAGUGUCAACACAAUUAGCACCCUCAAGCUCAUCCCAAAGCGUCUUUAGAGUGGUGUAAUAGGUCGCCAAAUCCAUAGAUCCUUGCUGUAAAGACCAUACCUGCUGAGUCAACUAAUAAGAGCGUGGAAGAUUAGUGAUGUGAAAACGAGUUUCCAGAUCUUUCCAGAUUUCAACGGCGUCAUUGAAUCGAAGUAUACUUUUGUAGAUCUGCUUAGAAACAACAUUGAGAAUCCAAGAUUUAACCAUAGAGUUGCAUCGAGACCAGAUCCGGGAAUAAGGAUGUGAUUCGAGAGGCCUAGCUAUAGAUCCGUCAAUGAAUGCUAGCUUAUUCUUAGCAUAUAAGGCAAUUUUUAACGCUAUGCUCCAGUUAUCAUAAUUCGUACCAUCUAAUACUUCGGAGAUGAUAGAGAGACCUGGAUUGUCGCCACUAGUGAGGAAGAAAGGUGAGUGAAUGUUAUCCAAAGGUAGAUCGACAGCGAUCGGAGAUACAGGCAACGUCGGAGCUGAGUCUUCCGGAAUAGGAACUCGACGAGCUGACGACGGAGCUUGUCUCGCAAUACGACGCGAUCUUCGUGCAAUCACCACCAUCUUCACAGAAUCAAACGAGAACGGUGAUCAGAAAACAGAGAGGAGAUCGAUCGAGAGAAUCAUCGAUCAAUCUGAGGUCAAAGAAAGAAGAAAAGAAACGGAUCGCUUGAGGUUUAAGCCUCAAAGCUCUGAUACCAUCUUAGAGUUGAUGAAACGAUGAAGAAGAUGAUCGUAACAAACUCUUUCUAUUUCUGUUAAGUGUUGAAAGUCAACAUUACAAAUGUAUUUAUAGAUGGUUUACACAACGGUAUACACAUAAUCGAACUAAACCGUAAUAAAUCAAUAUACUCUAAUAUCUAUCUAUUUGAUUAGAAGAUAACAAUAUGCCUAACAUUCACGAUAAACUCCUCCCUCAACUACCAUUCGAUUUUUCUUCUUCUGGCAGCCUUAAAUGAACCAACCGUCACUCCUCAAAUUGUAGUAUGCUUAUAUUACAGCAAUCUCAUACCAUGGGUGGAGUUGCUCUUAGUGUUGCCACUUACAAAUUAGCAUUGUUUUUUACCUUAUUCUUUCCUUGAUCCUUGCUUUUAACGUUUUUUUCUAUUUAGCUCUUAGUAAUGUAUUCUUUAGGUUAGCAAUAAAUUGUAUUAUUACCACAUGUAAAAUUCAAAAAAUUAUAUGCUAUAUCUUCACAUUCAUAUCCAAAAAUGACUAAUAUACAAAACCCAUUAAAAGCUUUCUUUUAAUAAAGUCGUUGAUUGUGUCUGGAAAGAAAAAUUGAUUCGUGAAAAAGAAUAGGGGUCUCGGCCCAAUAGAAAAAGACUUAUCAAAAUGAGCUAAAGAGAAUUCGGGUAAAACCCACCCGUUUAGAAAAUGGGUUGGAUCCAGAGCCCAACACAAAGGCGAAUAUCUCGUGAAACCAAUAAAUGCAGGAAGCGAAGAUCAUAAAUUUCAUUCCUCGAGCUAUCCCGUGAUAGCCAUAAUGACAUAGUGAACGUUUUUAUUAACCCAUCCAACUUUUUAAAAAUCAAUGUCGAUAUAUACACACACAGACUGUUUGAAUCAACAACAACAAAAAAUGGCACAUUAUGUCCUCUACUGCCAAAUGCUCCUUGUGUUCUCUGUUAUAUCUCCACUGGCCACUUCUUUCACCGUGAUCCCCUCCGACACGGUGGCUCCGUCUGCACUGAUCGACGGCCCACAAACAGGAUUCACGAUGACUAACGACGGCGCACGCACAGAGCCCGACGAGCAAGACGCUGUCUAUGACAUCAUGCGUGCCACCGGCAACGACUGGGCCGCCGCAAUUCCAGACGUGUGUCGAGGCAGAUGGCACGGGAUCGAGUGUAUGCCGGAUCAAGAUAACGUCUACCACGUCGUCUCUCUGUCGUUCGGAGCUCUCUCAGACGACACGGCGUUCCCGACUUGUGACCCGAAACGCUCUUACGUCUCUGAGUCCGUCACCAGGCUUAAACACCUUAAAGCCUUGUUCUUCUAUCGAUGUUUGGGCCGGGCCCCACAGAGAAUACCUUCGUUUCUGGGCCGCUUGGGCUCGAGUUUGCAGACUCUCGUUUUGAGAGAGAAUGGUCUUUUCGGUUCAAUCCCGGACGAGUUGGGCAAUCUCACCAAUUUGAAAGUGCUUGAUCUGCAUAAAAACAACCUCAACGGUUCGAUUCCUUUGUCAUUUAACCGGUUAUCCGGUUUGAGAUCGCUUGAUCUGAGUGUGAACCAUUUGACUGGUACGAUUCCCGGUUUGAUUCUUCCAGAACUAAACGUUCUGGACAUGAACCAUAAUUUGUUAACCGGACCAAUCCCAUCUACACUCUCUACCAGUGGUUCGUUGAUCAAAAUUGAUCUUAGCCAUAACCGAGUCACCGGUCCUAUCCCCGACUCCAUUAACCGGCUCAACCAACUAGUGCUUCUGGAUUUUAGCUAUAACCGGUUAUCAGGUCCCUUCCCGUCGUCUCUCCAAGGCCUAAACUCACUUCAAGCUUUGGUGCUCAAAGGGAACACUAAAUUCUCAGCAGCUAUUCCAGAAAGCACGUUCAAAGGGCUCAAGAACUUGAUGAUUCUGGUUCUCUCGAAUAUGAACAUCUAUGGCCCCAUACCGGGAUCCUUGACUCGGUUAAGCAGUCUCCGGGUCCUUCAUCUGGAAGGCAACAACUUGACCGGGUCGAUUCCUAUGGAGUUUCGGGGCGUGAAGGAUCUAAGCGAGCUGAGGCUAAACGAUAACCGCCUGACAGGGCCAGUACCGUUCGAGAGAGACACAGUGUGGAGGAUGAGGAGGAAGCUGAGGUUGUAUAACAAUGACGGUUUGUGCGUUAACAGUGAGAGUAACUUGGAUGAUGUCUUCGGUUCAACGUCCGGUUCAAGUGUCAGGUUGUGUGAAGGAGAAACUAAGAGACCUGGUCCUUCCGGUACGGUCCAGCAUCUAUCUGGAGCAGAUAGUGGCAAUGUUACGGCGGACGGAGGAGUUACGUACGUGUCACGCGGUUCCAAAUCAUUGGGCUGCUUUGGUCUAUAUGGAUUUCUUAUAUUGUUCAAUUUCGCGUAUAUGCUACUUUCUUGUUAGGGAAUGGAUUUAAAAUAAA